UGCAAUGCUCUGGAUGCCAACCACUGUAAAACUGCAGAGGAGAAGAAGAAGAGUCUAUGGUGUUUUUUUCCUGGGUUGAUGGCCUUCUCUAGAUCUAGCCCGUCAAAACUGCACAGAAACGAGAGCAACGUUGGAUAAAGUCAGUGAAAUCAGGUGCUGUUGGGAUUGACUGAGACUUGGGCAGGCCAAGAGAGAUCCACUGUUCCUUUCCCCGACCUCCUCUUCCUGAUCAUCUCAGAAACGCAUCUCUCACCAUGAAUGAAGUUAAUGUAAUCAGAGAGGGCUGGCUCCACAAAAGAGGUGAAUAUAUCAAAACAUGGAGGCCCAGGUAUUUCAUUCUGAAGAGUGAUGGUUCCUUCAUUGGUUACAAGGAGAAGCCUGAUCUAAACGACCAGACUUCACCACCUCUCAACAACUUCUCAGUGGCAGAAUGCCAGUUAAUGAAGACAGAAAGACCCCGGCCCAACACGUUCGUCAUCCGUUGCCUACAAUGGACCACGGUCAUUGAACGCACCUUUCAUGUGGACAGUAAUGAGGACAGAGAGGAGUGGAUACGGGCAAUCCAGUCCGUAGCAAAUAGUCUGAAGAUGCGGCAACAGGAGGACGACGAACCAAUGGAAGUGUUUGGCUCACCUAGUGAAAGUAGCCUGGAAGAGAUGGAGGUGGCUAUGUCCAAGAGCCGCAACAAAGUGACAAUGAGUGACUUUGAGUACCUGAAGCUGCUUGGCAAGGGGACGUUUGGGAAGGUGAUACUGGUCAAAGAGAGGUCCACUGGAGUACAUUAUGCCAUGAAAAUACUGCGCAAAGAGGUCAUAAUAGCCAAGGAUGAGGUGGCCCACACAGUUACAGAGAGCAGAGUGUUACAAAACACAAAACACCCCUUCCUCACGACCCUGAAAUAUGCCUUUCAAACCCAUGAUCGGCUCUGUUUUGUAAUGGAAUACGCUAAUGGAGGCGAGCUCUUCUUCCACCUGUCACGCGAACGAGUGUUCACAGAAGACCGGGCACGCUUCUACGGCGCUGAGAUUGUGUCAGCACUUGAGUACCUGCAUUCACGAGAUGUCGUUUACCGUGAUCUGAAGCUGGAGAAUCUGAUGCUGGACAAAGAUGGUCACAUCAAAAUCACAGAUUUUGGCCUUUGUAAGGAGGGCAUUACUCCAGAUGCUACCAUGAAAACCUUUUGUGGAACUCCCGAAUAUCUAGCACCUGAGGUCCUAGAAGAUAAUGACUAUGGCCGGGCAGUGGACUGGUGGGGUCUGGGUGUAGUCAUGUAUGAGAUGAUGUGUGGCCGCCUGCCUUUCUACAACCAGGACCAUGAACGUUUAUUUGAACUUAUCCUCAUGGAGGAGAUCCGCUUCCCCAGGAACCUAUCUCCUGAGGCCAAGUCCCUGCUAGCUGGCCUGCUCAAGAAGGACCCCAAACAGAGGUUAGGUGGAGGUCCCAAUGAUGCCAAAGACGUAAUGAGUCACAAAUUUUUCAUCACCAUUAACUGGCAGGAUGUGGUAAAGAAGAAGCUCACCCCACUCUUCAAACCGCAAGUCACAUCAGAGACGGACACUCGGUACUUUGAUGACGAGUUCACAGCACAGACCAUCACGCUCACUCCUCCAGACAAGUAUAAUAGUCUGGACUGUGAGGACCCCAGCCAGCAAGCACAUUUCCCCCAGUUCUCCUAUUCUGCUAGCAUAAGAGAAUGAUGGCUUCUCUGGCCUAUAUACACAAAAAUAUGAGGCAGGAACACUGUGGCCACAUCCCUUAAAUUUCUAAGUGACCAGAACCUCCAUCUUUAAUGAAGGUUUUGGUCUCUUCAGGAUCUAAGUGCCUCGGCUGGUGGCCAUAUUGUUCUCUAUGCCCGUCAUCCACACUACAGACAAAGCCUGGCCACACUGGCUGUACUGUAUCGAACUGGACUUCAGUACCUCACAUAGGCGUCAGCACAACUCAACAGCACAAAUCAGGACUCUGUCUGUAGGACCUUCGGAUGGAUUAUAAACAACUGCUGCUGCUUUUUCAGACUGCAAACGUGUAAUUUUGUAACUCUCUUCUUUCCAUGGUCUUACAAAAAACUAUACAGUUCUUUCAUGACGUUUCCAAGUGCUCCUUUUCAGAACUAGCCGUUACCACUGGUCAUAGACAGGUAUAUGAGGGAGUAAGAGAAGUGGCAAAUUGUUGGGUGUUCUUCCUCUCAUGUUUUUCUUUUUGUUGUUAUUUUUGUUUUUUAUUUUUCUAUUUUGAGAAAAUGGUGGCAUCAAAUUCAGACUGAAUGUCAUAAUUUCUGUCGGUGAGCCUGUGAGAGCAGUGUCUAUACAAUGCUUGCUCAUCAUGUACCAGAAACAACAGAUGAAUUCACAACACAUGAUGAUGAUAGCAUCUUCACAGAGAAAAUUUAUGUCAGAGGAAAAUGUGAGGUGUUUAGAGAGAGAGAUGUCCUUUUUAAACUAUAUGCAUUGGAAAAAAAUCACCUGUAUAUUUGUUUGCUCUCACAACAAAGAUGAUCUUUAACACAUGCUGAGUGGUAAACAGCAGUUGAUGGGAAUUGGGAAUGCCUUAAUACGCAAUAUGUUAUUUAAGCAAGGCUUUUUAAUUGGACAACUUUUUUUUUUUUUUUUGAUCAACAAAAUACACACCAGGCAUGUCAUUUAGGGGGUUCAGUAUGCACUUAGUGAUUUAAAGCAUAUCUUUCAUAUGGUCUAAUUUGGUAAUGUAGCGGAAAGCCUCCUAGACUGAUGACAGUACUUAGCAAAUUGUGUCGGUUGCACCAAGUAUCAAAAAGUAUUAGAUACCAAAAGUUGGCAUCACAUGUCUGAUCAGAUUUAUAAUCAUGUUAACUAGUUUGACCAGUUAACUAGUUUUGACUUCUGAUUCACAAACAUUUUGCCACUUUUCUAUAUAUAUAUUUUUUAUUUUUAGGUUUUUGUACAGCUAUUUGUGUUCAGACUCCAACUAAUAUUUGGGAACGUUGGCUCUUUUUUGCUAAAUGUGAAACAAAUGUAGAAAUGCUCAGUUAUCAAAGAGCAUCAUUUAUAUGUACUGAAACUCAGGUGUGAAAUCAGCACUACUAUUGAAAAACUCAAAAUGA